AUGUACAGUGCACAAACGGGUGCAGGAACUGGACGCCAAGGGGCCAGCGACGGUGAAGCGGAUGGUGACAACCAUGACUUGGAGGCAGGCAGGCAGGCUCCACACGCCACGGACCUCUAA